UAACAGCUUUCCUCUCUUUGUCUCAAAUUCAUCAGUAAAGAUGUGUCAUUUAACAUACAAUUAACACGUUGAUGACAUACAUGUUGUGGUAUCUUUUAUAGUAAACCAAAGUUCAUUAUUAUAAGGAUUCGGAUUAUUUUCUAAAAUUUGCCAUGAUGGUGAAGAAGUCAGUCAAGAAGUCAGUACAGUUGGUUAUUUGUCUACUUUACCUUAUAACUAUCGAGUUAUGUUCAGCUGUAAAUGUUGAUGAAGCUUGUCAGAACGGAAAUGAAUGCUCAGUGCCUAACUCAGUAUGUACCGGUGGUACAUGCCAAUGUGCUGGAACUCAUUACAAAGCCAGUGUGUCUUCGUGCAUACAAAAAAUAGCGACUGGAGCUGCUUGUACAGCUGUGGGUCAAUGUAGUGAUGCCAAUGCUGAGUGUGCAAAUAAUUUAUGUACAUGUAAAACAGGUUAUUUCAAAAGCACCAACAAUAUCUGUACAAUUAAAAUAGCUACUGGAACUGCAUGUACAGCUGUAGGUCAAUGUAGUGAUGCCAAUGCUGAGUGUGAAACUAGUUUAUGUACAUGUAAAACAGGUUAUUUCAAAAACACCAACAAUAUCUGUACAAUUAAGGUAGGAUUUGGCGGAGUAUGCGUAACAUCUAUCGGGGAUGGUACCUGCUUAUAUUCCCUGAACUGUACAGCAGAUAAAUGUCAGUGUGCAACACCUGCUAACCAGUUCUUUGAUUCUACUGUUAAUACUUGUAAACAAAAGAUUGCAUUAGAAGCUACCUGUACACCUGGACCGACUGACCAAUGCCUGGAUGCUAGCGCUGAAUGUAAAACAGACACUGACAAUGCUAAUAAAUGUCUAUGUAAAACAACCCAUUACAAGGACGUUAAUGGUGCAUGCGUUGCCAAGGUAGGAUUUGGCGGAGUAUGCGUAACAUCUAUUGGGGAUGGUACCUGCUUAUAUUCCCUGAACUGUACAGCAGAUAAAUGUCAGUGUGCAACACCUGCUAACCAGUUCUUUGAUUCUACUGUUAAUACUUGUAAACAAAAGAUUGCAUUAGAAGCUACCUGUACACCUGUACCUACUGACCAAUGCCUAGACGCCAGCGCUGAAUGUAAAGCAGACAGUAACAAUGCUAAUAAAUGUCUAUGUAAAACAACCCAUUACAAGGACGUUAAUGGCGCAUGCGUUGCCAAGGUAGGAUUUGGCGGAGUAUGCGUAACAUCUAUCGGGGAUGGUACCUGCUUAUAUUCCCUGAAAUGUACAGCAGAUAAAUGUCAGUGUGAUUCACCUACUAACCAGUUCUUUGAUUCUACUGAUAAUACUUGUAAACAAAAAAUAGCUCUAAAUUUGGAAUGCACAAUUGAAAAAGACAAACCGUGUGCUGUUUCAAUGGCUGUAUGUAAACAACACGGAUCCGGACCCAAUAAGUGCAUGUGUAACAGUGAUAGCUAUCCUUCAAUCAACACGUGUCUUGCAAGAAAGCUUCACGAUAUUAUCUGUAUGGAAAAUGGACAUGUAAAUGAAUGUGUUGAUAACGCUGAAUGCAAGAAAGUGAAUGAUGUAUUUAAAUGUCAGUGUAAAAAUGGCGCUGAUGAAAACGGAAAAUGUAAUGGAGUAACAGUGACGUCACCAAAUCUUCUGUUGACGAUUGUAUGCGUCAUUGGUACUAUAGUAUACAUGAGCCUGACAUAGACCGACUUCUAGAACUGGAUUAUAUUGUCAAUCAACUGCUUACUGGAGUUUAUUAGUUCAUUUACUAGUUCAUUUUUGUGAAAUGUCGAAGUUAAAAUCACUGUGAAGUGCAAACUAUAAUCUCAAAACGUUUUUGAAAAACGCAAAAAAAAAUGAAUUAUCAUUUUGUAUUUAUGUAUAUAUAAUUUAAUUUAGAGAACGUAAAUCUGUUUAAAACAGGAAGGAUUGGUCGAAAAUCUCAAUUAAUAUAAAUGUAUGUAUUUUAUUUAAAAAAGAAAAGCUGUACAAUCAAUUUCAAAAUAUGUUGAAAACAACUGAGAAGCAAUACUUUGUUUUAAUAUAAGUGGUUUGUUAUUUUAAAUAAUUACAAUUUUCAAUUAAGUUACCAUACUGCCGCUCUGUCAUUAUCGUUUUCUGUGGUAAUUGUAAAGGUACUUUGGAGGUUUUUUUUAAAUAUCCGUAAGAUAAGGGGUUCAUACAUUUGAAAUACACGAAGACGAGGUCAAAAGUUAAUCAAUAGUUAUCAGGUUUUGCUUGAGGCAACUAUUGUAUUAACAUUUAAUAACUCCAUUAUUUUAUUUGAAUAUCAACCAUUUAUUUCAUUUAAUUACAUGUUUAAUUUGUUUAUCUGCUCUUUAUAACAUAUUUAUUUUCUAAUUUUAUCAAAAAAUAUUAUAAAACACCUUUAAUUACAUGUAUUCUUAUUAUAUCAAAAUACUCUAUAAGAAACUAUAUUUCUGCAGACAAUCCAAGUUUUGAAGGAAGCAAUUCGAAGUUUCAGAAUCUAAUGCAUUCUGGGUAAUUUGAUUGUUCGUACCCCAAAAUGAAAACAACGUCACGUCAUUGGUUGAAUUUCCAUUGUUUAGGAUAUGGUUAGCCCAUCGUAACGAUCUGGUGUACGCUUUUGAAAAUAUUUCCUAGAAUGCAUUAGAUUCUGAAAUGACCUAUUAAGGGUUUAUAAUCAUAAAAGACAUGUAUAUGCGAUAAUCGAAAAUAGUUAAUAAACGCCAUUUUUAGUGGGAUUCGUGUUGGUCAAUGAUUGUCAAUGAUUUUUGUGUAAUGUUGUUUUUGACUUUUUGUAUUUUUUUUUUUUAUAUGUAAUAUAAUAUGAAGAAGAGGGCAUACAAUUUCUUUUUUUCAGUGGAGUCGACACAUCAAGAAAAUGUUGCAUUAUAUUUAGUCAAUUAAAAAAAAAAUAGUGAAACUGGAACCUAUCAAUUUUAUGUUCUUAUGUAAGUCUUAGAAUAGGAUAUUAAAAGUGGUUUAUAUUUGGAUAUCAAAUGUAUAUAAAAUUUGUAUAAUAUGUAAAACUGAAGUUCCUUUUCAAUUUCAUCAUUCUUUUAAAUACUUAUUUUUUAUUACUAGAUAUGUAAUUUGUCAUUUAGAUGUUCUUCUGUCUUUAAGUGGUCUUUAUAUAUCCCAACUCGUUCGCUAUGCCUGUGUGUGUAGUUAUGUCAUAGAUAUUAAUGAACGUAAUCCAUGCAUCACUGGUAAAUUAUUAAGUCAGGGAUUUCGUUACCAUAAAUUAUUUAAAACAUUUACUAAAUUCUUUCAUAGAUACAAAGAUUUGAUAAGUAAAUUUGGCUGUACCUGUAGAAAAAUUAUUAUAAACGGUAUUUCACAUCCUAAAUUUUUCGGUAAUAUAAUUGUACUAAAAGCGCGGAAGUCACUACGUGAUCCGUGUAAACUCAUCGAACCUUUAAACAAACUUAUUAGUAAAGGUUAUCGUAUUAAUGGUGUAAUAAGAUCUUUAAAUAUUGUUUACAUUGGCACUAACAUCGAUUUUGUCAUCAACAAAUUAAAACAUAACUAAAUUUGUAUUCUUUUCGAAUGGUUUUUGGGAUGUAUAAACACACAUCCACGUUUAUUUUCUAUUAGAGAUUGCUUUAUCUAUAAAUUACAUGAUACAUAUUUAUUAUAAGGUUAAAUCCUAACUAUCCUACUGCCUGUCGAUACUUUUAUUUUGGCAUUGCACAAGUCUUCUUUGACUGUCCAUGGCGUUAAAACACUAAAUCCCUGGGAUGUGUUUUAAUUGAUUUUAGUCUCUGAUGCAUGAUUUUUUAUUAUUAAUUGUUUUUGGCUUUUAACUAGCUUUCAGUAACUGCGAGUACUCUCAAAUCGUACUUUCUUGUAAUUUGACCUGUUGACACAAUUUGUAAUGCAUUUCUGUUACUCAAUGUUUACUUAUUUUGUGUUAUAUCUCGUCUCACUAUUUUUAAUAAGUACCACCUUUGAAAAGUAUUUAGUAUGAAGAUAAAUUUUCACUUCUGUACUCGUACUGUGAACAACAAAUUUAUUUAUUUUGUAAAAAAUGUUUUCGUACUCCUAACAACAAAAUUAUUAUAUUUAAAUUUA